UCAUGUUUCCCAGCUUGCGCGGGAAUCCAGUGUGGGAGAGAGCGUGGGCUUCGCACGGGGCCCUUUCUUUAGACCCCCUUGCUUCCAGAGCUUGGGGUUUCGAUCACAUGUUGGGCGAGGAGGGUGAUAACCCGGCCCUUUGCGCCCGCAGCCAGUACGACAUAGAUGAGCACAGGGAUGCAUGCCAGGGAUGCUCUGCCUGCGCUCUCAUAGCAGCCACUUGGAUUCUGGAUGGCCUGCAAGGUGUGGACCCCGACGUACUGGCGAGCAGAUCCCGCGUGAACAGCACCGUCUACUCUGGCGCGCAAGCGUGGGACUGCUGGGAGGGCGAUCGAUCGGGGGGCGGCCUCGCAGAGAGCAUCGUUGAUAAGCUGAGCAACGAGAGGGGUCUUUCGAUUCACGUCGAAAGCGAGACUGUAUUGCAGGCGGACCGUUGUCAUCUUACAAGGUUGCUAGAGAAGUUCCGGGACAACGCCAUGUUGGGCGCCAUCCUCACAAUUCCGGACGAGGGCCCGCGGGACGGGGAAAAGGAGCACACGGGCAAAUCAUGUGGGGUGUUUCGCCACGCCGGAGGGUACGAGCUGAUGGACUCGCACAGGCAUGACAUCGAUGGCCAGGUGGCCGGGACCCUCAUAUACACGUGCAAAGAGGCAUCCGAGGUGGCAGAGUUCGUCUUCGCACCCUCUGGGCUUUUAUGCAUGAUGAAGUGCGACCCGAAUCACGUUGACGUUGCGGUGGCCAUUGACAUUCAAGAUAUCAUCCGGGCGAACGAUGGCCUGUCGAUUGUUCAGGCAGUGGCCCCGUUCUACCCGAGGCUCGGACACGCGCCCCCCGACUGCGACCUCACCCCAGGCGAUUUUCCCAAGGACCAUUAUCAGCACGACCUCCUUCGCCAGUUCCUCCUCUACGGCAUGAAGAUUAGCAGCCUCCAGGAUUACAUGUUCGAGAAGCAGCCGUCGGGCAACGAGCUCUCCGACCUCGUCCCGUGGGCGAUUGACGGGCUCUUGCACGGCCCGCGCGACGCCGUGGCUGUGGCGCACCACGGGGACAUAGCGUACGCGACAGGUCCACUUCCUGUUUUGACGCAGGCGGGCAUCGUCACGAAGCACAAGCCGUUUCCGGGCGCCGCAGCGCUGCCGCUGCCCAGGCAGGAGCGAUUUGUCGCCAUGGACCCCACGAAGUGCCUGCGCGACAUCCAGGCCGCGAUCGCGUCGAGGUGGCCGGAUGGCGCGCCCGUGGCCUUCAAGACAGGCGUGGAGGUUGUGAUGUUCCAGCGGGACUUAGCCGACGUGUUCCGCGGGUGCCUGCAGCAGGCGUUGAACUACAUCCCCGCAUGGCACGCCCGGAAGAUAACAUGGUCGCGCCUCGGCGGCCUCAAAGAGCCGGCAGGGCCUUCGGAUUUCUAUUCGGCUCGCGUGGGGGAUCUCGUGCGCGCCCGCCCGGAUUCCAAGGGGGGUCUGUCGCUCUUGCCGCCGCGCAUGCGACUGUCAACGCUAUGCUCGGCGUUCGGCCACAUCCACCCGAUGCUGUUCAGCCUCGCCUACUGCCAGUGGACGAACCUCGGCGUGGGCGCGGAGUGGGCGAGGGAGCAUGGCACGGCCCUCAGCCAGGCCGCGAAAUCGUUCAUCCGGGAGAACGGCUUCGCUCCGCGCCCGAAGAACCUGGUCAAGCUCUUCAAGGCCGUCCCAGAGGAGCAGGGCCACCCCCGCGAGCAGGGCGAGCAGGAGGAGGGCCACGACCGCGACCAGGAGGGGGACGCAGAGCCUCCGCCAAAGCGGGCCCGCGUUGAGCCCGGGGACGAGUUUGACGAGGAAGAGGCGGAGUGCGGCGACGCAGUGGACAUCUUCCAUCGGUUGUGGGAGUUCCAGGACGCGCAGCUCGGGCUUGUGGAGAAGGAGGAGUUCAUGCCCGCCCACGUCAUGCAGAAGCGGCAGGCUCACCUAGUCGCCAUGCUGGCGAAGGCCAGGGCGUGCAAAGUGUGCGGAAUUCAGAAGCCAAGCCGGUUUGCUACGCAGGCAGGCCGCGAGGAGUGGCGCGGUUUGACUUGCUGGUAUUGUAGGAACCGGGACCCCCGGCGCGAGGGCGCACUCGCGAGCUUAGAGCUCCGAGUGCACAUGGAGCUGGCAGAGGCCAGGGAUGCGCUGGCGUGUACAAUCCCAGGCAGCACCCGCUCAUCAAUCGGAUUUUAAGGGCCACCACCGCGCCUGGAUCAGGCCAAGGAUUCCGCGGCAAGGCAGCCGAGGGCGAGGCUUUUUUAGUCGGCCAGUUGUGUCGCACUCGCGCCAGGCUCUCGAGGGAGGCGACCCUGGCGCGGUGCGCCCCCGCCAUCGAUGAGGCCCUGGAGCGCCUGGGCGCGAAGUAGGUGCCGUGGCGCGAAGUAGGUUGUGGGCUGGUUGGUUAAUUAUUCCCAGGGAUGUUGGACGCAGCCGUCCAGCUCUCGCGCCGAAGGCAGCGGGACACCGCCAAAGACCGCCG